AUGGUUAAUGAAACCGCUGAUAUACAUAGUUUAUCAUCCCUUGAGUCAGAGCAGUCACAACUAAAUAACCAAGAUCCUCAGGAGAUCAAUAUAAGACAGUCUGAAAACAGUAGUGAUAAUAAUGGGGAUAGUGAAAAACUGGCCGAAACAGGUACUGGGGCGUCUGUCAAUGAAACCGGUUUGAACAGCACUCAGACAAACAUGUCAACUAAAACCAAUCGUGUUCCAAUGAAAGAUCGGAGGGGCCUAUUAUCCCACUUAGCUAUAUUACCAGAAUAUGAAGAUCCAAGAGACUAUCCUAGGCAGAUCAAAUACUUCAUUGUUUUCAUAAUAGGAUUUGCAGCUGUUGUGGGACCUAUGGGGACAUCAAUUCUAUUACCAGCCAUAGAUGAUGUCGUGGAAGAUUUGAAUACGACCACUAUACUUGUAAAUAUAUCAGUGGGUAUUUAUUUGUUAUCGUUAGGAAUAUUCCCACUUUGGUGGUCAUCAUUGAGUGAAAAAUAUGGUAGGAGGUCUAUCUAUUUGAUAUCUUUCACCUUAUUCCUCGGAUUUAGUAUAGGAUCGGCUUUUUCACCUAGUAUUUCAGCAUUGAUUGUAUUCAGAGUAUUAUGUGGGGGAAGUUCCGCUUCAGUACAAGCUGUGGGAGCUGGUACAAUCGCUGAUUUAUAUCCCCCUGACCAAAGGGGUAAAGCUAUGGGUUGGUAUUAUUUAGGACCUUUGAUGGGACCAUUCUUAUCUCCCAUCAUUGGAGGAGCUGUAGCUGAAGCAUGGGGUUGGAGGGCAACUCAAUGGGUUUUGGUCAUAGCUGCUGGAAUGGCAGAUUUUUUGAUUAUAUUUGCGUUGCCUGAAACCUUGAGGAAGCAGGAUAACUUGGCAAAUGUAAGAGAAUAUCUUCAAAAGUUAAGAGCUCAAGAAAUAGAGGACGAGGACACCUCGGAUAAUCUCAAUGAUUCGAUAUCAGAGAAGGAUAAAGAAAAGAAUGCUUCGAAAACACAGGAAAUCAGCGACAAGGAAAACAAUCUUCUGAGAUUGCCCUCAUUGCAACAAAUCGAUUCUAUGUUGAGUGAAAUUUCACGGUUAGAGUCGAGGUCAUCAAGAGGCGACAACGAAGAAGGGCUUUUUAACAUCGACAACGGUGUUGGGGACUCUAUCACACCUUAUUUAUCUAGAUUAGAUACCAGAAAAUCAGACUAUUCUAAAAGGGUGCAGAUUGAAGCUUUACAAAGUCGAUUAAGCAAAGAGCUUGAUGUACCAAAAUCCAAAAGGGAAAAGUGGGAAAAUUUUAAAUUUGAAUCAUACGAACUAUUGAUCAAGCCUUUACAUUCCCUUGUUCUACUCACGUACCCUCCAGUGAUACUAGUAAUAUCACAUUCAGCUAUUUGUUUUGCAGCUAUUUAUUUUUUCAACAUCACCAUAUCCUAUGAAUACAGCCGAGCUCCUUAUAAUUACAGUACACUAAUAGUUGGUUUAUUAUAUAUUCCCAACUCCGUAACUUAUAUUUUGGCCUCAAUUUUUGGGGGUAGAUGGAAUGAUAAAUUAUUGAGAAAGUAUGCUGACAAGCAUAAUGGAGAGUUAAGCCCAGAGUCAAGAAUUUCAUGGAAUCUAAUCAUUGCCACUAUCUUAUACAUUCCCGCAUGUCUAAUUUUCGGAUGGACAUUAAAAUAUCAUUUGCAUUGGGUGGUACCUUUAGUUGGUACAGCAUUGUUUGGUUUCUCCUCUAUGUUGGUAAUCGGAGUUUCCGUCACUUAUUUGGUAGAUACAUUACCUGGUAAAGGAGCUACUGGUGUUGCAUUAAACAAUUUAGUAAGACAGAUUUUGGCAACCAUAGCCACAUUCGUUGUGGAUCCAUUAUUGGUUGCCUUAGGUCCUGGUAUCUUGUAUUCAAUUAUUUUAGGAAUCAUUCUUAUUUCAUCCUUUUCAUUGGUUUAUUUGAAAGUUAAUGGUGACAAGUUGAGACAGAAAUAUGACAUUAGUGCUUACUACGAUAGAUUAUAA